CCCAAGCACGUCAAAUAUUGUUCACAAACAAGCACUCAGUUGCUAAUUGUGAAGAAGCUUUGGUUUUUACAAAGCUUAAUUUGCAAGUUUGGUCAUCGUCCAUUUUCGCUAAUGGAAGUAGUGAGAACUUGGAGUCACCUCCGAGGACAACCUUGUAAUGUUUUGUUUGAGAGAGGUCAAGCUGAUGAUAAACCUAUGAUGACAUACAAUAGUUCCUCCGUUAUAUGUUCACUGUAUACUUACUUAAUUCUGUAACCCCUCGUGAAAGGGCAUAGGCCGCCCUCCAGCAUUCUCCAUCGGACUGUCUCAAGCACUACUUUCCAUUUGCUAUUUAUUCUUUUGAUGUCUGCUUCGGAUUCCCGAUGCAGUGUAUCUUUUGGUAAUACUCCUUUCCGUUUCCGAAGCUCUGUCAGCUCCUUUCCUGGUUCGCACAUCUUCCAUUAACCUUCUGAGCUUUUUAAAUUUGAUCUAUCUGGUUCUCUGGGGUGUGAUACGGCGAGACCCGUGUAGCUUGGUGUGUGCGUUUGUGUGGUAAUAUUUCGUCCUCUAUAGCCAUUUUUUAAAUGCACAUAAACUUAUAAAUCUUUCAUCAUUCUUGUCCCUUUCUCUCAUUCCAUAUCGUUCCAUGAUAUCUUCAUACCCGGUGUUGUCCAUUCCUAUUUUGGUGCUUAGGUCUCCCAUGAAGAUGGCCAGGUCGUUUCCUGAGCACUUUGCAACGAUCUAUUGCAGCCUCUCAUAGAACCAAUCUUUGUCGUCGUCGUUGCUAUCAUUGUUUACUCAGUGGAAAUAAAGUAAAAAAAACUCAAGUUCCUCAAUACUUUUUGAAGAAAUUAUAAUCUGUCAAAUUUUAAAUCGUCGAAAUGUCUGUACGGAGAAUUGCUUUAGUCGCCCUGAUAUAUAUGAGUUUUUCUAUUUCUAUCAUUUUUUCAAACAAAUUAGUCCUGACUACUUUCAAAUUUCCUUCAUAUUUAUUGCUGGCAUUAAUUCAAACUCUGUUUACUUUCUUACUAAUACAAACUCUAUGUUCAUAUCGCAUCCGAUCAGAUGAUUUCACAGAAGUUCCUAUUAAGAUUUUACCGCUGUCCAUUUUUUCUGCAGUUGACAUUGUUAUGGGCAUUGCUGGUACAGGAAGCCUCAGUUUACCUUUGUUUACUGCUUUGCGAAGAAUUUCUAAUGUUCUCAUUAUGGUUGGUGAAUAUCUUUUAUUGGGGACUAAAAGAAGUAUUCCUAUUUACUUGUCAGUCAUUGUUAUGGUUGUCGGAGCAGUAAUCGCCGCCAUUGGUGAUAUUACUUUUGACCCUAUUGGAUAUACAUAUAUUUUAAUUAACAAUAUUUCAACAACUGGGAAAGCACUGUUAACAAAAUCCAGACUUAGAGAUUAUGAUUUUUCAAGCGUUGAGCUGAUAUACUUUAAUUCAUUAUUAAUGCUGCCAAUUCUCUUCAUUUUGGUAUAUGUACAAUGUGACUUUACAGAGAUUAUUCAAUUUGAACAUUGGCUAGAUCCUCUAUUUUUAUUGUAUUUUAUGUUCUCCUGUUGUUCUGCUGUGGCAUUAAAUUAUACUCUUGUUCAAUGUACUCAAUAUACUUCUGCAUUAACAACUAGCAUUUUAGGUGUCAUUAAAAAUAUAUUGGUGACCUAUGGUGGAAUGUUUGUUGGUGGUGACUAUGUGUAUACGACCCUAAAUUUCGCUGGCCUUACUGUAAGUACUAUUGGAGCAGUCUUAUAUGUUGUUUACAACUACAAAUCCACACAAUUAAAAGGUUUGCCAACCAAAUAGAAAACUUUAGUUGGCUAGUGGAAAGUCGCUAUGUAUAUAUUAUGCCGUUAGAAUGGAAGAUUGAUUUAUUGUUAAACUCUUUCAUAUUUUAUUGUUCUAUUUUCAAAACAAAAUAAAAAUGUAAUGAUAAUGACAGUAUGUCAUUUAGGAAAUUUAUUCCGUUUUAAUUUAAUUCACAAUAACCGGAUGCUUUAAAAAUUAUCUCCUUUUAUUAUCAUGUUUUUUCUUUGGGGGGGGGGCGGGUACAAUUACAUCGAAUGUUUCAUUAAGUUCAUUAGUUCAAUUCAUUAUAGAAAAGGAAAGAACUUGAUCAUUAACAAGUAGUUAGAUUUGAUUAUAGUGUUCUUUAAAUGAGGCAUUCGUACUUGUGUAACUAUUAACGUUAAAUAUUCAAUUAAUAAUACCAAAAUUCCAAGUUUAUCAACACUUUAAUGCUUGUAUUUCAAAGAUUCAUGUCCAACAUGUAACAACUAAAAAC